AAAACUUCUGUACAAAUUAUACAAGAUAUUCAUUGAUGUUUGUGAGAAUCUGUACUGAUGUCAUGUCACAAACAAUAAUUUUCUAACAGUUUUUUUGUUUUGUUUGCUUGCAUGAUCAGUAGGACAUCAACCUAUAUAAGAAAAAGACAAAAAAAGGUUAAACGUGGCAUAUCAUGUAGCACUGUUGGGAGUUGUAGAUAUACCAGCGGCUACAAACAAUUAUCUUCAAAGCUUGUGACAAGUCGAUGUGUUUUAAAAAUGUCCAGAUCAAAAUGAGAUGCCCUUUUUCCGAAUCAGUUGUGCGUGAUUCCUUGAGCCUACUCAAUGCAUGUCUCGAGGAGAGAGCUGAUGCACAAAACGAUGCAAUAAACAAUGAUGAACAGUGUUUGUAUACAUGCAAUAAUAUUUUUUUACUACCUAUGAUACUCUUCAAAUAUGGACAAUGGUGUUAAGAAAAAGGCACUAUUACCCGCUCCCAUACAUUUGGAUUAAUGUUCCGUGUCCAUUUUAGGUUCUGAAAAAUGAAAUGCGGUAAAAAGUAAAGCUCAGUUGCAGCAACAUGUUUAGACUGCAAUGAAGAGGGGUCAUUGUUGAUCAGCCUGCAAGGUCAAUAAACAAUGUUAGUUGAUAAUGUUGCUUAUGGAUGAGAAUCAUAAAAUAUAUAUUUUUCCACAAUUGAUAAUGAACAUCUAGAAUGCUUAGACCCCGGUGCAACGCAUGGACAAUUAUCUAUAUUGUUUACAUAUAUAUUACUCUCUUGUACUAGAUCAGCAACAACUAAUAUGGAAUGGAGGGAGUACAAGUCAACUUUUUGAGAAAUGUCAAAUACAUCGUAGAUGCGUGCACACACACACACACACACACACACACACCGUCAUCCACAUCUACACAUUGCUCAUGAAUGCUGGAGUUGAAGGGCUUCAAGAAUAAUGAUCAAUGAAGAUGCAUCGCUAUCUACAAGAUGAAAAAAAUAUCAGAGACAAAUAUAACGUUAGGUUUGAUCCUGAAUUCCUGAUAGGUUAAGUGAAUAACGACCUCUACUAUUAUAUACUCCCUCCGUUCCUUUAUCUAAGGUGCAUUUUUUUUUUUACAAACUUUUCACAAUGUAAGGUGUAUUUGCUAUAGUCAACCAACCGAAGGUGGUUUCCAUAUUGGAAGUGAAAUUUAAAAGUGAUUGCGGGUAUCCUGUUACAUCAUCUAUCUACCUAUGGCAGUAGUAUUAAUAUGUUUUUGUCCGUAAUGAUCAGAAUCACUCUUUUAUGAGAUGCCUACGACUUUGCCAGGUCCAGGUUCAUAGAAAAGAGAAAGAACGUUUAUGUGGCUGUGCCAUCCCUCUCAACGAAAUCAAAUUGUAACAUACACAGACCUGUUCCAGCAAUAGCUUAUACAUAUUCCGUUAGAGCACAUUGUGGCGUAUACGCUGGUGUGGUAUGACAUGACACUAGCUAUGAAUAUGAUAAGUCAGAGUGCUUAAGAAAUCCCAACCCAACCUCAGAGAUAUGAACAAACUAACAACUGCUAGUUACAGAUUAGCACAUAUAGACGUACCUGGUCCCAGAGUGACUAGCAAUAAUCCAGAGACCUCGGUAGCAAAACAGAAGUAGUGCACCAUGCCAAUACCCUCCCAGCUGCUGCCAUUUCUCCUUGCAGCAGCAGCAGCGGCACUCUUGAUCUUGCCUGCGAUUGCGGAACAACGAGGACUAGAAGAGCAGGAGCAGCAGCAGCAGGCGGUGGUGGAACGUCCGGUCUGCCAGGAGAUGUGCGGCAACAUCAGCAUUCCCUUCCCCUUCGGCAUGGGGAAGCCCGGGUGCUUCCUUCCUGGCUUCGAGGUCACCUGCAACACCUCCUCGUCCCAUGCCCCCCGCCUGUUCCUUGCCUACAACAUCAGCGGGCCAUACCAGAAGACAGGCACCGUGAAGCACACGUACAACACCAGUGGCACUGGUUCUGGCGUGAAGUAUAACGCGGUGGAGCUCAUGGACAUAUCAGUUGGUGACAACGAGGCCCGAAUAUACAGCGCGGUCAGCUCCGACUGCAGCACAAGUGGUACGCGUUUCCUAGCCAGCCUUCAGGACACAAUCUUGGACGACGAGGGCCCAUUCCUCCUGUCAGUGACGCGCAAUGUUGUCAUCGGUGUCGGCUCCAACGUUGAGUCCAUGAUGAAGACCUCAUUUGGGGAGACGGGGAAGGAGACGAAGGCCUACAUGCCGUCCUGCCUUUCAAACCUCAUGGGGAGCCUCCAGUACGCAACGAACGGUACGUGCUCCGGGCUGGGGUGCUGCCUGGCCUCUUUGCCCCUGAAUGCACCCCCACUGACCAAGUUCGGAGUCUCGUUCAUGUCCCGGCCCAACUAUCUAUGGAAAACCAACCCGUGCUUCUACAGCAUGUUGGUGGAGAAAUCUCGGUACAACUUCUCUACACAUGACUUGAACGGCAGCAAGGUGCUCUACCCCGGAGGCGCACCCGUCGUGCUGAAUUUCACCAUCAGGAGCCUUGGUUGGUGUCCCUCAGAAGGACAGCAGCAACCUCCGGGCUACGCGUGCGUCAGUGGCAACAGCACUUGUGUCAACACCACCAGAGGCAAUGACUAUGUCUGCAAGUGCUUGAUGCAUUACCAUGGCAACCCCUACAUCACUGAUGGAUGCCAUGGUAUAUACUACUUCAAGUACAUAUGCAUAACUCAGACUUUAUAGUUGGUAUCCUAUUGAUACAUAAUUAACUUUAUUUUAUCGUUCCCAGACAUCAAUGAGUGCAAACUCCCUGAUUUGUAUCCUUGCUCGGUUGAUGGGGUCUGUGGCAACAGGUUGGAAGGCUAUGACUGUCCAUGCAAAGAAGGAAUGAAAGGCGAUGGCAAAACCGGACACUGUGUAGAAAAUUUCCCCUUAGCAGCAAAGGUGGUUGUGGGCCUUGCUGCUUGUAUUGUUGCACUUGUCCUCAUGGUUAUGGCCCAUCAACUCCUAACACUCAAGAGGUUCCAUGAACAAAAUGGUGGACCAGUACUAAAAGGUGUAAAGAAUAUAAAGAUAUACAGAAGGAAAGAAAUGAAACAAAUUACAAAUAACUACAGUCGUGUCAUUGGAGAAGGAAACUUCGGGAAGGUUUAUAUGGGGACUCUAGAAAAUAAACAACAAGUGGCUAUAAAGAGGUCCAUCAAAGUUGACAAGAAUAUGAAGGCAGAAUUCACUGGCGAAGUUAUAGUACAAUCUGAAAUGAGACACAAGAACAUUGCAAGGCUCCUAGGUUGUUGCUUAGAGCUGGAUGUUCCAAUGUUGGUAUACGAAUAUGUACCAAGAGGGAGUCUAUAUGAUGCUCUAUUUGGAUUGAGGCGUGUACAUAUCAUACCGGUAGAUAUGCGCCUACAAAUUGCUGCUGGGUCAGCUGAAGGCCUAACAUACAUGCAUUCAGCAGGGGAGUGUACAAUCCGUCAUGGUGAUGUUAAAUCUGCCAAUAUUCUUCUUGAUGAAAAUUUCUGCCCUAAAGUCUCAGACUUUGGUACCUCGAGGUUGCUCGCAGGAGGAAAGCCCGAGAGGACUGAACGUGUCGUUGGGGACAUGAGUUACAUAGAUCCAAUAUAUAUGGUCCAGGGGAUCGUCACACAGAAGAGUGAUGUCUACAGCUUUGGGGUUGUUCUUAUAGAGCUUAUCACGAGGAGGCCCGCAACAUACUCUAACAAGAGGAACUAUGUUGCAAGCUUUGUCGAAGCGUAUCUAGACAAAAGAGCAAGAAACUUGAUUGACAAUGAUAUCACAAGCGAGGUGGAUAUUAAACUCUUGGAAAUGGUCAGUGGAGUUGCCGUGGAGUGUGUAAAACUUAAUCCCGAAGAACGCCUAGAUAUGAAACAAGUAGAACACCGUCUCCUUGAAAUUAUUGGUCAAGGUGUGCAGGAUGGACAACGGAGAAACUACCAGGCAGAUCUCAGUCCUGCGCCGGAUGAUGUUGCUUUGCUUAAGUCUUGGGGAGAAUGAAGAACCUACAAAUGCUAACACUAUGCAUAUUUGAUCUUGUUAUGUAACGGUUACAUUGAUAAACUUUUAGUUUUGAUUGCCAAGACAAAUCACAUACCACUACUCCUAUAUUUGAAGUACACCAACACUAGUUAUACAUGUGUCCGGAUUUGAAAUUCGGAUGUAAUAAUGUGUACCCACAAGUUUAAGGGUUGUAGCAGUCAUCAAUGGGAAGUAUUUUACAUAAAUAUAUAUUGCGUUGCUGUGAGUCAAAGAAUACUGGCAAGACAGUAACAACUGAGGUGUCACUUUCAAGUCUCAGUCAUACCUUUACUUAAUACUAACUACUACUCUCUUCGUUCGGAAUUACUUGUCUUGGAAAUGGAUAUAUCUAGAACUAAAAUACAUCUAGAUACAUCCAUUUCUACUACAAGUAAUUCCGAACGGAGGGAGUAGUAGUGGGAAUAUUAAAGUUUAGUUUGUGGUUACAGUUGCCGGAAAGUUAGUGAGUAGUCUUUUGUUUUUUGUUUGGAGUGUGGAGUUUCGGGGUUGAAUCUGCUCUUCCUUUGCAUUGAGUUAGUGCUCUUGUGAUAAUCAAAUAUUAGUAGCAUUCUUGAUCGGAGGGAAUAGUUAACCCAUAAUCAUUAGUUAAAGAUGAGCUCACGAUUUAUUAUCAGAAGUUUUUAUGACAAAACUAAUGAUAUUGUUUUCACCACACGAACCAAAAUCUUGUUUAAAUAUACAGUACAGGUCAUAUUUUUAGAAACACCAAAUACAUCGUACAUGUACACUCGUGGACACGCACAUAUACCUCCAUACACAUCAACACAUUACAAUGUAGGGCUGUGACAUGGCCUUAGAAGCCACUCAUCCUUCUAACCGGAAAUUCCGGUUUAUAUCAAGCUCGUAGUGAAAAAGGAAAACAGAUAAUUUGCACUCAAAAUCUGAAAACCGACAAUUCGGUUCAGUUUGCGGUUUAACCGAAUCUGGAUGCGCAUCAUGCACAGGAGGCAUAUUCGAAGGCGUUUGGACCGAGACUGAACACAGAUUUUGACAGUAUAACACCACACAGAACUAACAUGACACAUAAACAUAACGAAAGGAACAUGAAAACGAGGAUAAGAGACAGGCAGUACAGUAAAGGUGCAGUAGAGCAGCAGACAUCGCCUAAGCACUAAGCAGCAGUAGCACACAGAUGCAGCAGCAGACAGCGGCAAAGACACAGCACGGCGAGCAGCCAUAGUCUACUUGAUUCAUCACAUUCAAUCAUCAGUUUCAAAAGGAUAGCAAGAACAGGGCACGGGCAGCAUCAAAUGGAAGAGGACUGGGGAGCCGGCCGGAACGUACAUUGCGCGAUUUCUGCGGUCGGGGCUCGGGGGACCUGGAGCUGGUACGCCGCCGCCGUGAAGAAUAGUCGGGAGGGAGGAGGAGCCUGGGCGUACUGGAGGGAAAACGGCGGUCAGCACCUUGGCGGACGGCGACGGCGUGUCGCGUGGUCGCGGCGAGGCGACGGCCACAGAAGGGAUCCCGCUCGGAUGGGGGACGCGCG